CUCCUACACCAGUAUCUUGACACCCCUCUUAAGUCUCAAACACAUGAAACACUUAAUCCUAACAUUGCUACCUACAAUAUUCAAGAUUUCAACAAUAUAGAAAAGAAACUUCUAGUAGAAGAAUAUUGUUUUCAAAACAAUUUACAAAUAAU